ACACUUGCACUUAUAUUAACCAACCAGCCUUUCCCACUCCUCCCCCCUGCCUGGGCCGCUGGUGGAAUAUUCCCCAUUAAACGGACCAGUCCAUUUACCAUCCUUCCCCCCUGUGACUUCAGUCGUGGCUAUUCCAAAGCCUCUCAAGCACGAGGGAUUUGCCGCUCCUCCGGGGGACGCGCCGAGAAACCUCCAAACUGGAUCUGGAAAUGUCUGCGACCCUUUUAUCCGCCUUCUACGACAUUGACCUGUUGUACAAGAACGAGAAGGCUCUGAAUAACUUGGCCCUGAGCACCAUGCUGGACAAGAAGGCAGUGGGCAGCCCGGUGAGUUCCACCAACUCCAACUUGUUCCCAGGAUUCCUCCGCCGGCACUCUGCCAGUAACCUACAGGCCCUCAGUGGCAGCACCAACCCAGCCAAAUUCUGCCACAACAACAACAACAACCAGCUAAAUGAAUCAGCUGCCAGCAGCACCGCCCUGCUUAACCGGGAAAACAAGUUUAGGGACCGCUCAUUCAGCGAGAAUGGGGAGCGUAGCCAGCAUCUCCUGCACCUACAACAGCAGCAGCAGAAGGCUGGGGCACAAGUCAAUUCAACCCGCUACAAGACUGAACUCUGCAGGCCAUUUGAGGAGAGUGGGGCAUGCAAGUAUGGGGAGAAAUGCCAGUUUGCUCAUGGAUUUCACGAGCUGCGCAGCCUGACCCGUCACCCUAAAUACAAGACCGAGCUGUGCCGCACCUUCCACACCAUUGGCUUCUGCCCGUAUGGGCCACGCUGCCACUUCAUCCACAAUGCUGAGGAGAGGCGACAAGCUCCUGGGGCUGGGGAGCGCCCCAAACUGCACCAUAGCCUCAGUUUCUCUGGCUUUCCUAACCACAGCCUGGACUCUGCCCCCCUGCUGGAGAGCCCAACCUCCCGUACCCCUCCCCCACAGUCCUCGGGCUCCCUCUACUGCCAGGAGCUGCUGCAGCUCAAUAACAACAACCCCUGUGCCAACAAUGCCUUCACUUUCUCUGGGCAGGAGCUAGGUCUCAUUACCCCACUGGCCAUCCACACCCAGAAUUCAUCUUACUUCCGCCAGCCUUCAUCCUCCCCACCCCUCAGCUUCCAACCUUUAAGGAAAGUUUCGGAGUCACCUGUAUUUGAUGCCCCCCCUAGUCCCCCAGAUUCCUUGUCUGACCGGGAUAGCUAUCUGAGUGGCUCCCUGAGCUCUGGUAGCCUGAGUGGCUCAGAUUCCCCAACCCUGGACUCAAACAGACGCCUGCCCAUCUUCAGCCGACUAUCCAUCAGCGAUGAUUAAAGUCAACACUUUUUUAUUGUUGAAUAUGAGUGCUUAGAGGGACUCUGGCACAUUGAGCAUCCAUCUAAUCACAACAAAGACUGCACCCUACUCAGGAGUAGGGUGUUCACUUUUUGUUUUUCUUGUGUCUCCACCUACCCCCAAGACACAUUCACUGAAACACAGUAUGGACUCUGCACCCUACUCUGGAGUAGGGUGAUCCCUCCCCAACUCUGCAAGAGUUCACCCAUUUGUUUGCAGGAGAAGGACUGAGCUCCCCAACCUGCUCUAGGGUAAAUUCUGCUACCAUGGACUCCUAACAGGGUGCUUUCUCAUCUUCACACAUCACCUUUUUGGCUGUUGAACAGCAACUCCGCACAACCCAUGAUAAUCGCUGGCUGGAAUGUUGGGAGGUGUAGUUUAACAGCCAUUAUAGGGCCACAGACAAGAAUGGGGGGUUCCCAUCAAGCACCUAACUUCACAACAAAGACUUGGCACCCUGUCGAAAGUCAGGUGAUGCCUGCCCCCCCAAUACAAUCCAGCCUUUCAAUCACAGUAUGAACUUAACACUUAAACUCUCCUGAUGCUCGCACUCUGUCUUGGGUUGGUUUUGGCCAUUCAUGUUUCUGCUAGUUUUAGUUAAGCUGGAGGCAUGGCUCAGAGGCCGGGAUAUAAAGACUUGAGCAAAAAAAAAAAAAAA